AUGGAUGCUCAAAUUGCACCAUUUAAAAAUAAAUAGAUUGUUGACCUCCUUUACUGGCGAGACAUUAAGAAGACAGGAGUGGUGUUUGGUGCCAGCUUGUUCCUGCUGCUCUCCCUGACAGUGUUCAGCAUCGUGAGCGUGACCGCUUACAUCGCCUUGGCCCUGCUCUCCGUGACCAUCAGCUUUAGGAUAUACAAGGGAGUUAUCCAGGCCAUCCAGAAGUCUGAUGAAGGCCACCCCUUCAGGGCUUACCUGGAGUCUGAUGUGGCCGUGUCUGAGGAGCUCAUUCAGAAGUACAGUAACGUCGUGCUGGGGCACGUUAACGGCACGGUCAAGGAGCUGAGGCGCCUCUUCCUCGUCGAUGACUUGGUUGAUUCCCUGAAGUUUGCGGUGUUGAUGUGGGUGUUCACUUACGUUGGUGCCUUGUUCAAUGGUCUGACAUUGCUGAUCCUGGCUUUGAUUUCGCUCUUCAGUGUUCCUGUUAUUUAUGAAAGACACCAGGCCCAAAUCGACCACUAUCUGGGACUCGUCAACAAGAACGUCAAAGAUGCGAUGGCCAAGAUCCAAGCAAAGAUCCCUGGGUUGAAGCGCAAAACCGAGUAAAAAGCCCGAAGCAACUUACUGAUAGGAAGUUCAUCUUUUAAGGGGGAAAAAAAAAUACUCAUUUGGAUUUACAUGGGGAGGGUCAGGGAAUAGCAAACCCCUUGACAUUGCAGUGCAAUUUCACAGAUCUUUAUUUUUUAGCAACGCAGUGUUUGAGGAAAAAAUAACUGUUUUGACUGCCACGUGUUUCAUCAUCUUAAGUAUUGUAAGCUGCUAUGUAUGGAUCUAAAAACUAAUCAUCUUUCUUUAUCCUGUGUGCAGCACUGGCUAAUACAAAAGGUUUGAGAAGGAGCUGUACAUUUUGCUUCCUCAGCGGUAGUCCCUGCGGCGUCCCGGGGCAGGUAGUGCAGUGGAGCGGAGGGUCACGCCGCCGGUUUGUGCACUGUGUAUGGUCUGUGUAGAUUGAUGCAGAUUUUCUAAAAUGAGAUGUUUUAGAAGAAUAUACCAUCCUAGCAAGUUUUAAAAAAAAAAAAAUCUUGCCUUUUUGGUAUGAGUAUAGCUGUAUUGUGAUUUUAUUGUUUUAUCAAUUGCCAAUAUAUAUAUAUAUAUGUGUUUCACAAAGCUUAGAUCUUUCAGCUGCUCCACAGUGCUUGAUACGUCAGAGAACUGACUGGUUUCUGGACUAGCUCCAUAGCACACAAGCUUGAGAAACUAAAACGUUUCUGUAAACACUAGCAUCUGUUUAAAACAGCAAGAGAGGAAGGAACAAAGGAACCUCCACCUAUACUGAAACUACAGCAUACACACUGUUGCACAAACGUACAGUAGUCGAUUUUGAGCAGGUAACUCUACAGUCUCUCAAACUCUGAUACUCUGUGGACCGAAUAUCUAAUGCUGCAAAUGUUGUUUGGAAACCUAAAACCUUGUUGUGCGAGAAAUGCUAAGUGACAAUUUAUCACUUGCAGUUUGAGCUGUAUCGAACUAAGUCUGUGGAAUGCAUUGUGAAAUGUUCAAAAAAAAA